AGGUGCUUCUAAAUACCGACCCAACUUCUCAUUCUCUCUCCUGUUCUUUGAUUGCUUAUGGGGAAGGGCUGAGAAGAGAGAGAGAAGUUGGGGAAGAGAAAGAGAGAGAAGAGAGGAGAGAGAGAGAGAGAGAGAGAUUGAGGGAAGCGGCGGUCUCUUUCUUUCUUCCUUAGUUCCUAUUUCUUCUUCUGUGAUCCGCCAUGGCCGCUAACCACUCCUUGGAAGAGAUCAAAAAUGAGCAAAUCGAUCUCGAGAACAUUCCCAUCGAGGAAGUCUUCGAGCAGCUAAAAUGUACGAGGGAAGGUUUGUCAACGGAGGAAGGAGAGAAGCGACUCCAAAUCUUCGGCUUCAACAAGCUCGAAGAGAAAAAGGAGAGCAAGCUUCUCAAGUUCUUGGGUUUUAUGUGGAAUCCUUUGUCAUGGGUCAUGGAGUCUGCUGCCAUUAUGGCCAUUGCUUUGGCAAAUGGAGGGGGCAAGCCUCCAGACUGGCAAGACUUUGUGGGAAUUGUUGUGCUGCUUAUUAUCAACUCAACCAUCAGUUUCAUUGAAGAAAAUAAUGCAGGAAAUGCAGCUGCUGCUCUUAUGGCAGGUCUGGCUCCCAAAACCAAGGUGUUGAGAGAUGGCAAAUGGAGCGAGCAGGAGGCAGAAAUCUUGGUUCCAGGAGAUAUAAUCAGCAUUAAGUUGAGCGAUAUUGUCCCAGCAGACGCUCGUCUUUUGGAAGGAGAUCCUCUUAAGAUUGACCAAUCUGCUCUUACCGGUGAGUCCUUGCCUGUGACAAAGCACCCCGGAAAUGAGGUCUUUUCCGGCUCAACCUGUAAGCAAGGAGAGAUUGAGGCUGUGGUUAUCGCCACUGGUGUCCACACCUUCUUUGGAAAGGCUGCCCACCUUGUUGACAGCACCAACCAAGUGGGUCAUUUCCAAAAGGUGUUGACUGCCAUUGGAAACUUCUGCAUCUGCUCCAUUGCCGUGUGUAUGCUGAUUGAGCUCGUCGUGAUGUACCCAAUCCAGGGCAGGGAAUACAGAGAUGGCAUUGAUAAUCUGUUGGUUCUUCUCAUCGGAGGGAUUCCAAUCGCUAUGCCAACGGUGUUGUCUGUGACAAUGGCCAUUGGGUCUCACCGGCUCUCUCAACAAGGUGCCAUUACCAAGAGGAUGACUGCUAUUGAAGAAAUGGCCGGGAUGGAUGUUCUUUGCAGUGACAAGACUGGUACCCUCACCCUCAACAAGCUCACAGUGGACAAGAACUUGAUUGAGGUGUUUGUGAAAGACAGUGAUAAGGACACUGUUGUCUUGCUCGCUGCUAGGGCCUCCAGGGUUGAAAAUCAGGAUGCCAUUGAUGCUUCAAUUGUUGGGAUGUUGGGCGAUCCUAAGGAGGCAAGAGCAGGAAUCAAUGAGAUUCAUUUCCUGCCAUUUAAUCCAGUGGAUAAGCGAACUGCAAUAACCUACAUUGACUCUAAUGGCAAUUGGCAUAGAAGUAGCAAGGGUGCACCUGAGCAAAUUAUUGAUCUCUGUGAACUCAAAGGUGAUGCUUGCAAAAAGGCCCAUGAGAUCAUCGAUAACUUUGCUGAUCGUGGUCUUCGUUCUUUAGGUGUUGCAAGACAGACAGUCCCAGAGAAGACCAAGGAGAGCGCUGGUGAGCCAUGGGAAUUUGUAGGUCUCUUGCCCCUCUUCGAUCCCCCUAGGCAUGAUAGUGCAGAGACCAUCCGAAGGGCUCUUGACCUUGGUGUCAAUGUCAAGAUGAUCACCGGUGACCAGCUUGCCAUUGGAAAAGAAACCGGCCGUAGGCUUGGCAUGGGCACCAACAUGUACCCAUCAUCCUCCCUUCUUGGGCAGAGCAAGGAUGAGUCUAUCUCUUCCAUUCCUGUUGAUGCGCUCAUUGAGAAGGCUGAUGGCUUUGCCGGAGUCUUCCCUGAGCACAAGUAUGAGAUUGUGAAGAAACUUCAGGAGAGAAAGCAUAUUUGUGGGAUGACUGGAGAUGGUGUGAACGAUGCCCCAGCACUUAAGAAGGCAGACAUUGGUAUAGCUGUUGCAGAUGCAACUGAUGCAACCAGGAGCGCGUCUGACAUUGUUUUGACCGAGCCAGGGCUUAGUGUUAUUGUGAGUGCUGUGUUGACAAGUCGUGCCAUCUUCCAAAGGAUGAAGAACUAUACAAUUUAUGCUGUUUCUAUCACGAUCCGUAUUGUGAUAGGAUUCAUGCUCAUAGCUCUCAUGUGGAAAUUCGACUUCUCGCCUUUCAUGGUUUUGAUCAUCGCCAUCUUAAAUGACGGAACAAUCAUGACCAUCUCCAAGGAUCGAGUGAAGCCAUCUCCGGUGCCAGACUCGUGGAAGCUCAAGGAAAUCUUUGCCACUGGUGUUGUCCUUGGAACCUACCUUGCUCUCAUGACCGUAGUCUUUUUCUGGCUCGCCUCCGACACCGACUUCUUUUCAAAAGUUUUCGGUGUUCAAUCAAUCAGUGGCAAACAAAAUGAGCUCACCGCUGCUCUGUACCUUCAAGUGAGUAUUGUGAGUCAAGCACUCAUCUUCGUGACAAGGUCACAAAGCUGGUCUUUCGUUGAACGCCCUGGUCUAUUGCUUGUUGUUGCCUUUGUUGCAGCUCAGUUGGUGGCCACAGCCAUUGCUGUAUAUGCAAACUGGGAAUUUGCCCGGAUCCAAAGAAUCGGAUGGGGAUGGGCUGGAGUCAUCUGGAUCUUUAGCGUUGUUACCUACUUCCCUCUCGAUGUCCUCAAAUUCAUUAUCCGCUACGCAUUGAGUGGUAAAGCCUGGGAUAGCAUGAUACAGAACAAGACUGCAUUCACAACCAAGAAAGAUUAUGGUAAAGGGGAGAGGGAAGCACAAUGGGCAUUGGCUCAAAGAACACUUCACGGCCUCCCUGCAGAAGCUUCAGGCGUUUUUAAUGAGAAGAACGACAACUACCGCGAGUUGUCAGAGAUCGCCGAGCAGGCCAAGAAACGCGCUGAAAUUGCCAGGUUAAGGGAGUUGCACACACUUAAGGGACAUGUUGAGUCUGUGGUGAAGCUGAAGGGAUUGGACAUUGAAACCAUCCAACAGCACCACACUGUUUAGGAAUAAAGUGGGUGGAAUCAUGUUGAUAUGUGGGAAUAGAAAAUGUAACAAUUGUUGUGAAUAUAAAAGUUCAUAUUAGUGCUCUUCUUCUACUACUUAUACAGUUCUGCUUGGAUCUCAUUAUUAUCAUCUUCUUUUUCUUAGCUAAAUUUGUUGUUCCUUGCUACGUUGGUGUUCUUCAAUUAGCUGAUUAGGGUUAACACCACCAUGGC